UUCAACUUUUUAUUGUUUACGAAGUUAAACUGACUUACCAUAUAAAUAUAAAAACAUAUUCAUAUAAAAAUUGAAAAAAAAAAAACAUCGCAACAAACAGAUCGAACAUGGAUAACAUACACAAAUUUAAAACAUCUUCUCAAGAAGGGAAUAUGAACAUUAACAUGAACUCGGCAACAGAAAAUCAGCCCAAAAUGUGGCCAAGUGAACGUAUCCCUCAAGGUGGACUCUUUCAUACACCGAAAAUUCAAUAUAGCAAAGAAACGUCGGAUUUAUUGAAAUUGCUGAUGAAAGAGUCUAAAAUGACAAUGCUAAUGCGGAAACAAAUCGAUCAUCAUUUACGCAAUGGGGAACCACUGCCCAAACCGGAACCAAGACGAAUAAAUAUCUUCAAAGAUCCAGAUACCGAAGCUUUAGAAAUUCUACGUAAAGCCCACAAUGCUAAACGAAAAUCACUAACCGAAAUUAAAGCAAGUGGAGCUUAUGAAACACCACGGUACCGUCCAAAACCUGACGAUAAGAUGCCUUCGGAAAAAUCGAAAAAAUUAUUACAAGAAGCAAUGUCGGGCUUUCGUAUGUCUGAAACUACUUUGAAACCGAAGCGUAAACAGAAAACGAAACCUGAACCACCUGCAACAACGGAUGAUAUAAUCAAUGAAUUAUUAGACCAAAUAAACGAACGUGCGGAAUGGCUUGCCGAAAUGGAAGCUUUGGGAGAAGGUAAACGGUAUCGCGACGAGAUACGUGAACAAAUUGCCCAACGUUUGCGCCAAAUAAAAUCAAUCGAAACAAAACGGCAUUUAAAAAAUAAAGGCAUCUGUUACUUGGAGUAAUAAUUUUCAUUAUAACUUGCACGAAUAUUUUUUGUCUCUGUGAACAUUUCCAAUAUGCUUUCAAAUAAAUACAUUUUUAACACAAA